AUGCGUCAAUUUUGGUAGCAGAAAGUGAAACAUGGCGAGGAGACGGACGGUGUUUUCAGUGGCUCCGUAUUUUAUUGUAUUAAUUUGUUUAUCUUCUGUGGGACUAUGCACUAGGGAAGUUGUUUUAUUAGAUUCAUCUAAAUUUUCAAACCUAAAGAACUGGACAGCACACAUAAAUGGACAAUCAGAUUCAAAUACAGGGUGGAUAGAGGGAAGUUAUCGAGACAAUGGAAACAUAAUCCGGAUUUUCUCUUCCUGUUCUGUCAGCAGUCCUGACGUGGACAAUUGGUUGAGGACUCCUUACAUUCCACGAAGAGGAGCCAACAGCAUACGCAUAGAAAUCCGAUUUUCCAUGCGGCGAUGUGUUCAACAUUCAGAUCCGAGCACCAUCAAACAGUGCAAAGAAACUUUCAAUUUAUACUACUAUGAAGCAGAUGCAGACAUUGCAAAUGCUCACAUGCCAACAUGGGACUCAGUGUCAUACAAACACAUUGACAAGAUAGCAGCAGACAAUUUGUAUGAUUCAAAUACCGACAUCAAACUCAACACAGAAGUUAGAGAUGUGUCCCUCAGUCCCGGGAUGGGGGGUCUGUACAUAGCAUUUCAGGACCUAGGAGCCUGUGUUACUUUGAUCUCCAUAAAAAUUUCCUACAUAAUGUGUCCGAAUGUUACGAAAAAUUACGCAUUCUUCCAAGAGACUCCCGUUGGUAGGGAGAAUCCAGGAUUUGAGGAACACUAUGGGGUGUGUGUACCCAAUGCGGCCGAGAAGACACGCCCCAAAUAUCUGUGCCAGAGCGACGGGGUAUGGAUUUAUGGAUCUGGGGGGUGUGAAUGUUUGUCUGGAUAUGAGGGACAAGGAGAAAAUGCAUGUGUUGAAUGUAGACCUGGCUUCUAUAAAUGGCUGCUAGGGAACACACCCUGUUAUCCCUGCCCUGCCAAUAGCUACACCAACGCCCCCAAGUCAGUGGAGUGUAACUGUGCGGACGGGUACUUCCGCAACCCCAGGGACAGCAAAAACUCAUCCUGCACCCAGCCACCUUCAAAGCCCAGGAACUUGGUGGCUCAGGAGAUCACCCAUAACUCCAUUACACUGGCAUGGAUUCCUCCGGUAUCGGACGGUGGGAGAAAGGAUGUCCAGUACCGGAUCACCUGCAGUCCCUGUGAGACUGUGUCCUUUAACCCUGGCUGGCAGAACCUCAACCAAACCCGGGUGACCAUUACUGGCCUGACCUCAAGCACCACUUACAGUGUGAGAGUGUCCGCCGUCAAUGGCGUCAGCAACCAGAGCAACAUCCCAAUUGAGUUUGAUGAGGGUCAGUUCGUGACCAAAGCCAGCACCCAGACCAUCCAGCACUUCCAGAUCAGCAGCCGCAACCAGGCCGAGGUGACGGUCACCUGGGACAUUGUACCGGGGAUCAGGAACCAGGUCCUGUUCUACCAGGUCAAGAGCGCACCCAGGCUUGGCGGUUACGGGGACAUCUUCCUAAAGAAUACCUCCUCCACGCAUCAGAAUUACACUUUCAAGAAUUUGAAUCUUGGCACAGAGUACAGUCUUCAGGUGAGGUGUUACUUGGUAGACAAAGGAUGGGGCGACUUCACAAAGCCACUGCACGUCAUACCGGGAGAUACUGCUGGUGGAUGGAAUGGAAUGGCCCAACGUGAAAAAGGGGAGAAAAAGAUGGAUCCCCCUCCCGAGAUGUCAGUGGGGAUCAUCAUCGCUGCUGUUCUGGCCGUUAUCCUGUGUAUGGCUAUAGCAACCGGGAUGAUCGUGAUACUUAUCAAAAGGAAUCAAGGAAACUGCCAAAAUGACAAAGGGGGAGGGGAGUACGACCCGCCGUAUAAUCCCGGUGAGGUUCUCCAUUGUCCCCCAUUGGAGCCCCAUAUGAAUGGUGGAUUGACCAUGCCACUGUUUCCUCCCAACGACUGUGUCAAGUCCUACGUUGACCCUCACACUUAUGAAGACCCAAACCAAGCAGUGCGAGAGUUCACCAGAGAAAUUGAUGCGUCACACAUCACCAUUGAAUCUGUCAUAGGAGGAGGAGAGUUCGGCGAUGUCUGCAAAGGAAAACUACGCAAUCCUGUAAAGCCAGAGAUGUCAGUAGCCAUAAAGACUUUGAAGCCUGGUGCAACAGACAAAAACCGCUUAGAUUUUCUGACGGAAGCCAGUAUAAUGGGACAGUUUGACGAUCAGAAUGUUAUAUUCCUAGAAGGAGUUGUCACAAAAAAUGAAGAUGCAGAAGUAAUCAUUUGUUUUGCAGGCCAUCCAAUCAUGAUUGUCACGGAAUACAUGGAAAACGGAUCGCUUGACACAUAUUUACGAAAUAACGAUGGGAAGUUCACAAUAAUACAGCUGGUUGGAAUGAUGAGAGGAAUUGCGUCAGGAAUGAGAUACCUAUCCAACAUGGGCUACGUACACAGAGACCUAGCUGCCCGGAAUAUUCUGAUUAAUGAUAAUUUGGUCUGUAAAGUGGCUGACUUUGGAUUGUCCAGGGAAAUCGACAUAGACACUACUGAUGGGGCCUACACUACAAAGGGUGGAAAAAUUCCUGUGAGAUGGACAGCACCAGAGGCCAUAGCGUUCAGGAAGUUUACGUCGGCCAGUGACGUGUGGAGUUACGGAGUUGUCAUGUGGGAGGUGGUCUCCUAUGGAGAGAGGCCAUAUUGGAACUGGUCCAAUCAAGACGUCAUCCGGGCCGUAGACCGGGGGUACAGACUCCCACCACCAAUGGACUGCCCAGAGGCUCUCCAUCAGCUGAUGCUGGACUGCUGGCAGAAAGAGCGAGGAAACCGGCCCAAGUUUGACAUCAUUGUCAAAAGUCUAGACAAGUUCAUCAGAGCUCCAGAACUGCUAAGGAAAAUUGCAAAGCCAAGGCCUGAGUUUUUGAUGGACACCAAUCGUACACUACCCAUGAAUCGACAAGGAGAAGUUUCUAAUUUCACCAAUGUAGAAGGUUGGCUCAUAUCCAUCAAAAUGGAGAAAUACAUGGACAAUUUCUUGAACUGUGGUUAUAGGACAAUAGAGCAAGUGUUGAAAAUUACUCAGCAGGACUUAGAGCAAAGGGUGGGGGUCACAUUAAUAGGACAUCAAAAGAAAAUCAUGAACAGUAUCCAAACUCUGCGUGCACAACGAUUCGGACAAUUCCCGCAAGUUUCCGAAGGAUUCCUUGUAUAGUCUCACGUGUGCUUGGUUCUUCGUAGUGUGCUUGUUAUCGAAAUAUUUUUUCAGUUGUGAUGCUGACAACCUGUGCAAUUUGAUUCGAAAGAGAAGCAAAGAGAUGUUCUGAAUGUUACAUUCAAUCAAAAAAAGGAAUACUGCAACAAAAUCAGAAGUCUGUGCUCGCUGCUUGUGUCCACAAGAAAAAGAGAGUUGUCCGCCCUUUACAGCAAACAACUGUCAAGUUCUGUCAUGUUUUUUGCAUAAUGACUUUAUACUAAGAUCGUCCUAAGGAUGAUACUGUUCGUGAGUUAGCCAGAGUGAGAAAUGUAAAUGAGUGUUUGAAAAAGAAAGAAAAGGUCAUAUUAUUCCUUUAUUUUGCUUGUGAGUGUAUGCCAGGGAUUUUUAUUUGCUAGUUGAUUUUUUUUUUAAUCGUACAGCGACAGUAUGCAAUGUAAUUGGCUGUCUCUCAAGCUAGCAAACUUCUGUUUAUUAGUAUUGUUGUUUGUAUGUAUGUGUUUGUGUGGUUCCAGUGUAACUGGGCAUUGAUUUACUAUUAUUUAAGUCAGAAGCAGUGUAUCAGUAUUUAUAUCACUCUGCCACAUCUUGUUUGUGAACACUGAGAAUUACUUCAUAUGUCUCAACACUUUUUAAUCUCUCCUCUCUUUUAACCAUAGAAUUUUUUUGUUUAAUCAGCAGUUAAUUGGUACCACAUUCUUUAGUUUAAAUUUGGUUAUUUUAAGAUUUAUUUUUUUAUACAAAUACAUGUACUAUCAAAUUUAUUUAGUUUAAAUGAUACAUUGUAGUGCAUUUUAUUUAGUGUUCAAAUUCAAUUCAAUUUUUUUAAAGGUGCUUUGUAGAUGCCCAGAUAUUUUCUGUUUGGUUAAUUUCUAUGCAACAUUUGAACCAUUCCACUAACAAGAUAUUCCCACUUUUGCCAACAUAGUGUACUCAUUUGAUAAAAUCUUUGCAUACCUGCCGUGUACUCCUCAAAUGUGAAAAUAUAAAUUUACAAUUUUAAAGUUAUUUCAACUAGGAAAAGUAAAAUGCCUAUAUGCCAACAAUAACUUGUACAUAUCAAAGCCUCACAAAUUUCAGUGUUUAUCGAUGUCAAAGCAAAUUAUCAGUUGUUUUCCACAAUCAAACACAAUGCAACUUACUUAUAUUAAGGACUUCAAUUUAAUGCGUGUAUUGUAAAUCUAUGUGAUCCAUUCCUCAUUGUUUGUGAUUCUCUCCAUUUAUUUUCAAACAUCAACCCCCCACCCCUAGCCCCACCAAGUUGUGUAUAGUACUCCAUGUAGUGUAUAAUUUGUAGAUCAUUUUAUUAUCAUUUUGUUUUCUUUUUUUGACUCUGUAUAUAAUUUGUAAAUUCCGAUAGUGCUGUAAAUAGUAUACGCAAAGUUUAUACUGAUGAUGCUGAAUAAAACUAAUGUAAAGCAAGCAAAUUUACAAAUGAUGUGGUUGUCGUCUUCUUACAAUUCUUGUCUUAAUUUUUUUCUUACAGAAAGGUUUGUUUUUUUAAAUGGGUUUUUUUUGUUUUUUUUGUCGUUAGUUUUUAACAUUGAGUUAGUGAUUCCAAUAUGAGGUCAGAUGAACCACCAUUUUAACUUUUUGUAUAUUUUUUUUUUUAUGUUGAUAAUUGUUUUAAAAGACAAAUGUGAUUUUAAUAUUCAUGCCUAUUGAUUUAUUUUUUCUUCUCACAUUUGGAAAAAUAGUAAAGAAAUCCUUUUUUUUAUGCCGUUUCAUUUCAGUUUCUGUAUGAAAUCCCAAACAGGUGAAGACAAGUUCUGUUGGCAAAAUGAUUUUGUUGGCUGUGUUGUAGAGUUUUGUUUCUGAAAGGAAAAAAUGUUGUUCUCAAUGCCUGAAUCAGCAGUUACAUGUACUUUAUAUUAAUGUAUUUUGAUGUCAAAGUAAAAAAAAUCAUUCGCAAAUCAUUGCUUUUUGUAAGAACACACACAAACAAAAAAUAAUAUAUCAUAUAUGAAAUGAAAUUGGUGCUGAAUUUACAAGUUGAUUUAUGCAUAUUGUAUUUGAUAUUGAGAAUGAAUUCCUCCUAAUUUUACCUCUUUUAACUGGCUUCUUUUAAUUAAUUUCUGUUGAUUGGAGUUUGUACUGUUACUGUGAAAGAAAAACUGCAGAGACCCAGGGGUCACUUUGUGAAAUUUUGAGAACGAUGAACUUGUCUAUACUGAAUUCAGAAUGAUGGCUUGUUUUGUUUUUUUGUGAACAGUUGAUUUUAAAGCAAUAUGGUUCCAUGACUGCUAGGUGUUCAGAAGUACACAAGAUAUCACAAUAAAUAUAUAUAAAAUCUG